CCUCUGUCCUCCUCUGUAGUCAGAACCAUGCGUUGUUUGGCGAUCGCCUGCUGCUGCCUGCUGGCGGCCGCCGCUCUGGGCAAGCCGCAGGCCAAGCCUGACGCAAUGUCCCAGGCCAAGCCUGAGGAAAAGCCCCAGGCCAAACCCCAGGAAGAAUGGAGGAAACCCGAGCCUACCGACGACUUCGAUGCCACGACUAUUCCCGCUGUCCCAUUUGAAAUGAAGACCUUGGAGAAGAAUAACGACCUGGAGCCACUUCCUGUGAAUAGAACCGGCGGGGCUCGCGCCGUGUACGAGAUCACUCUGGCUACGGGGAACUACUUCUGGACAUCUCCGAACCAUCCGAGCAACUAUCCCAACAACUAUGACAUCGGUUUAAGGCUUACGGGCAGCGCUGGACAGCUCAUCACAAUUAGUUGCGAUCCGUUUAGGCUAGAGAGUCAUGACAGAUGCGCUUGGGACUACUUGUCCAUCAACGGCCAAAGGUACUGCGGCACCAGGACGGAACCCACUAUCAGAAGCAGCACCCAGCUCAACGUUGACUUCCACACAGACGCUUCAGUGACCGCCUCGGGCUUCUACUGUCUAAUCGUGGUGCCGCAACCCAGAUCUGCCUCUGGCUGCGAGUGCGGCAUCCGGCAGAACGCUCGUGUAGUGGGCGGCGAGGACGCUGCGCGUGGCCAGUUCCCGUGGCAGGCCGGUCUCGUCCUGCGCGGCAGUACACGCACUUUCUGCGGAGGCAGCCUCAUCAACAACCGCUACGUGCUGACGGCGGCCCAUUGCACCGUGAUCUUUAGCCCAAGCGAGAUCCAGGUGAUGCUUGGCGACCUGCGCAUCGGCACCUCCGACGUCGGCGAACAGCGCUUCUCGGUCCAGCAGAUCAUCGAACACCCGCUGUACACGAGCGCUACGACCAGCGGCUGGGACUUCUCGCUGCUGAAGCUGACCCGCACCAUCACUUUCACCAGCACCGUCUCGCCUGUCUGUUUGCCGACCAUCCGCCAGACUUACGCCGGUGCCGAGGCCACCGCCAGCGGCUACGGUCGCCUGGGCGCCACCGAGCCUCAGGCCACCACCCUGCAGUUCGUGCAGUUGCCUGUCUGGAGUCAGGCCGCCUGCCAGAGCUUGUACGGCCCCACACUCAAGAGCAGCAUGAUCUGCGCCGGUGGCUACCCGGAGGGCGGCAGGUCGGUCUGCAAUGGCGACAGCGGCGGUCCGCUGGUGUCCGACGUCUCCGGUCGCUCCCAGCUGAUUGGUGUCGUCUCGUUCGGCGUGCCGUGCGCCCUGUCCUACAUCCCUGACGUGUACGCCCGCGUCACAGAGGCUCUGUCCUGGAUCGCGACGAACACAGCCGAUGCCGAGUACUGUAACGCCUGAGGCCGCCCAAGACCGGCGCUGCAGCGCCUUAGACCGCCUGAGCCACAGCGGCUGGGACCGCUGCCAGCGGCUUGGAUCGCCUGAGGCCAAUGCCACAGCCCCUAGGGUCGGUGUAUGUAGCGCCUGGGUCCGUCGAUGGCCAGUGUUCGUUCCCACUGUCUGCGUAAAAGAGGUGGUUUAACUAUGACAGACUUCUGGGCUUUUACCUCAUCUCCGGUUGGUUUUGCUGUGUAUCUUCUAUGGUUAUAUAUUGUUUUCUGCCUGAUCUGGUAUGAGUUAAUACACUGCGUGACAUAAAAAACUAAGCAUUU